UUAGCGAAGAGCGAAGUAUCGGGUCUCGUAUCCGUCUGAAGAGGAGACGAAGGGAUCGAAAAUGUCCCGUCAGUUAGUCGUUCACCGGCCUUCCACCGUCACGAAGGCCUGGAGACGCCGAAACCUCUCCCUGUGUGCGUGUAUCGCCUUCGUCGUGUGCUCCGUGUAUCCGGUUUCAGGUCAAGACCAGAGAUUAGCCACAUAUUAUGGAGCUUACCAAAGAAUAAAGCCAUCGUCCUCAGAUUCAGGACUAAACGUAGCACUAGACUUCAAGACUUCUUCUUCUCCAAAUGGGCUUCUUUUGGCCGUUCGACUCGACAGAGACGGCAGUAAUGCUGGGUACUUAGGGAUAGGGUUCGUGGAUAGACACCUAGUCGUACUUCUGUCAGGCAACACCGACAGUGUUGAUAACACAACCACUGAGUUUGCCCUGCAGAGAGAUGCGUGGUAUGCCCUCUCUCUACGCAUUAUAGAGACACACAUCACAGUGAGUUUUAGAAACGGGAGUGACUUUUUGUUUUCUUCGUCUCUUGCUCUUUCUUCGCCAUUCAGUGUCCGAGACGUGUUUCUGGGCGGAGCAAACAGCUUCUUUUCGCGUGCAUUCGCAACGUUGGAGAUUACCGAGUAUUUUGUCGGUUGUCUAGCAAACUUUAGUGUCAAUCAAAGAGACAUAGAUUUCGCCCCAAAAUUGGAAGGUUAUGGAAUGCAGUACGGGUGCUGUCAAAAUCCAGAACCAAUUGCGUGGAGCUUUGUGCCUGGGCAGCAUAAUGCGCUUGUCUUCGAGUCUCGCUUGUCUCAUUCACGUUUCCAAACCAAUAAACUCGUUUUUUCGUACUUCAUCGAACCUGAGCACGAUGGAAUGAUAGUCUAUUCACACGACGAGGAUAUAAACUUUGCUGUUGCAGUCGAACUUCUCAACGGAUCGAUACUCAUCCACAUGUCAAAUGAGGUCGACAUUUUGAACCCUUACUUUCUAGCUUGUGAUGGGACCAUUGUCAAUGGCUGGAGACACGAGGUGGAGAUCUCCAUGGGGCAAGACCGCCUUGAGUGUGUCGUUGAUGGAAGCAAGACGCACCUGAACGUAACCCUGACUCGCUUCCCGGCAGACACUCUCGAGUAUCAUAUCGGCAGUGGAAACGUCUCCACAUCGUCCACCAUUCUGCACAUUUUCCAGUUGCACCUCCGUACCAUUGCGACCGACGGGAUGUUCCCCUCGUUCGGCGGGUUGCUGCAAAAGUUCCAGUUGAACGGACUCGAAGUCUCACCCUCAGUCCUACCACCCAAUCCUCCUCUUCUCUCCACGGCGUGUCCCCAGAUGGUUGACCUUCCACCUACCUGUCAGCAAUUCCAAGAAUUUUCAUUGGCACAGUUGGCUCAAGUGUCAGUUGUCCCUUCGACUAUUCGUCUGGAUGAGAAUGGCACCGUGCUUCUAAGAGACAGUGACCUAUCUCUGUAUGUGCCUGAGAGCAUGGAUAGACCAGGAGCCCAAGAAGAGGUCAGGCGUUCAAUGAGGUUCAGUGUGGAUUCCUACCCAAUCCACGGAGUGCUGGUAAACACAUCCAGUCCGGACCAACAGAUUGUGCAGUUCAGCUAUUCUCACUUGCGGAGUAAUUCAGUUGCCUAUUACCACAAUGGUGAAGAGGAGUCCGCUGACUCUAUUAGUCUUGUGGUCACCUCCAUUUGCUCACCUGUGAUCAAAAUGAGCAUCACUGUACUUUUCUCCGUUCGAUUGACAAACGAUCCUCCAGUGGUAAAGCAGCUGGGCACGUUAGCUAUUGCUGUGGGAACCCGCAUGGUUAUCUCGCCCAAUGUCAUCUCCGUGGAGGAUGAAGAGUCGCCAAGCCUCACAAGCAUUUGGUUCCGUGUUAAGAGCAUUCUGGUUGACAUGUGUGGCACAUGCAGCCCUGCAGGUCGCGUGGAGAGGACCACCUCUCCUGGCCUUAACUCCACCCACUUCAAUCAGAUGGAGAUAAAUAACGGAAAUCUGUGGUUUCAACAUUUCAGGCAGUUUGGAACAGAACCAAUCACCAUUAGCCUGUCAGUGUCUGACAGUGUGGGUGUAUCGGUAGGGAUUGAGAUUCCUGUGGUGCCGUACAUUGGCAAUGUGACUCUGGUUCGAAAUGAACCUCUCUACAUAGUUGAGGGAAGGUGUGCCUACAUCACUGCAGAGCACCUCAGAGCUGACACCAACUUCAACGAUCAGAACCCGAUUCUCCAGUACAGCAUUAUCAGUGCACCGGGACACGGGCGUCUGGAUGUUUUGGAUCAGGGGCACUGGCGUCCAGCUCUCGAAGGAAACGUUGUCUUUGAAGGUUUCACCCAAGAGGACGUUAACUUGAACCGUGUUCGUUACUGCCACAGCAACAACUCGCGGGAAACUGACUCGUUUCCGUUUCAGCUGCACAGCACUCUUCUACCUGGAGGAAGCGGCACCUUCACCAUCCAUGUAUCUGCCUAUGCCGACUUGCUUAAGCCUAACAUUUCCUUGACAACCACGCCAGUUUCUCUCAUAGAGGGGGGCCAAGUUUUGUUUUCCGAGAGCACACUCGCUGUCUCUCUGGUUCAAAGUGUUAGUCCACCCUGGUCUCAAGAGAUGCUGCAGAUUGAUAGUUUGGGCAUAUUUUUUCACCUCGAACGAGCCCUCCCCUCGUUUGGAAAGAUUUACAUCAACGGUGAAAACCUGAUGGGAACUGGUUUCAGUCUUGCUCAACUCGCUCAAGGUGUGGUGGAGUACCGCCACGAUAACUCUGAAAAUCACCGAGUCCUUUUGCAACUCAGUGUUGAAGCAGUGAAUGCAGAGAAUCUUCCGAUCCAAUAUCCUAAUCUUCCACCACUCACCAAUCUCUCUGUCAUCAUUACACCCGUCAAUGACCACGACCCCAUGGUCGCAACGUCUAAUAUUACGGUGGCCGAGGGUGGUUUUGUCACUUUAACCCCUCGUAUCCUGAAUAUCGUAGACGAGGACCGUCCUCCGGAGAACAUCAGUGUUUCAGUACUCAACCAAGACUUGGAGCACGGCUUCUUUGCACUCAGUGAUACGGCGACUCCAAUCACACAGUUUACUGCCAGUCAAAUACAGGAAGAAACUGUUUAUUUUCACCAUAUGCUCAAUGCAUCUCUCCCACCAACUCACAUUGUUACAAUCUUAGUUUCAGAUGGAAUGAGAUCUUCUCGAAAGGAAAUAGAAAUUAAUGUCCAGUCGCUGGAAAUAGACACAAGUGGGGUACCGGUGGAAGCCUGCAUUGCGGAGUUGGAUGCAAUUUCCGAUUCGCUGACCACUCAGGUAAUGCAAGGUCCCUUCAUUUCAAUAGAGAUUCGUGACGUGCAUGGAACAGAUAUCAACCGUCUUCAGAAUAUGGUGCUCAGAGUGGCACAACAACCUGUACACGGAGACUUGUUGCUGAGCGGUACAAGUCUCAGUGUAUUCACUCUCAACGAUCUCGGUAAUCAGCUGGUGACAUAUCGUUUUAGAAACCGCACGAAUCACGUUUAUACCGAUAGUGUCACUAUUGAAGUACGCUAUGGACAUAGUCAACCAGCUUUCAUGAGUCUAAACAUUUGCAUUAAUCCCGUUCCUGCACCAAAUCUGAGCAACGUGCUCUUAAGAUCUAUCAACCUGACGAACUCGUCUCCCCGGGUCCUCAUAGACAACAGUACAGUUCAGGCUGUUGAUACUCGUGGGGAGGGAGGAGAAGCAAUAGUCUACUCCAUCACCCACCCUCCAAGGUGGGGAAAGGUUGUGGAUGAAAACGACACAAAUCUGACAAACUUUACACAAGCAGACGUUGAUCAGAGUCUGGUCUCCUAUUUUCACGCUAACCAGUCAAGCUCCACGCUCAGGGACUACUUCAUCUUUCAACUGUGCACCGCGUACGUCUGUGAUGGCAAGUUCAACAUCACGGUCGCCUUUUCCGUGACAAGUCUCACUGUCUUUAACAGACCCUUGAAUGUAACUGAGAAUGAAAUGGUCACUAUCGGCAGGAACAACCUGGACGCAAUAGCCCCCGAGGGUGGAGUCACAUUUCACAUUCGCAGGGCGCCAACAAAGGGGUAUCUAAUCCUCGAUAAUGGUGGAAUACAGUAUCCCAACCCUCCCUUCUUUGAUGUGCAGCAUAUUGCCAGUGGAUCAGUGUUGUAUCAGCACGAUGGAUCAGAGAGUAUAAAGGAUAGUUUUGCUUUCACUGUGACUACAUCCCACUCUGAUGAGCGAGUGUUGGACACGUUUCGAAUCACGAUCAUUCCAGUGAAUGACAACCCUCCCUUGCUCUCACGUAAGGUGUUCAGCAUGAUCGCAAGGACCACCAGGAACAUAACAACCGAAGAUCUCCGGGCCUAUGAUGAUGACAGUGACAUACGGUCUGAAUUGCUUCGCUACGUGGUGACAGUAGAACCGUUCUAUGGUUGUAUCCACUACCGCAACAGCAGUGAAAAACUUGAACAGUGGUCGGAGAUGGACGUCAGAAGCAAUAGACUUGCCUAUACGCACACUGCCCUGGAUCGCGUCGAUUACGGUGCCACUGAUCUUAUUGGUGUGGAUCUCUUUGACCAGGACAGAAAAGAGACCUACAUAAUACGGAUUAACAUAUACGAAAUCGAGUUAAGAGUCUCUGACAAUGACAUUACCGUCUCUGAAGGCGGAGACGGGGUCAUCGAUGAAAUGUACCUCUCUGCAGAAGCAGUGGGAGAUGAGAGUGUAACAGACACUGACCUCAAGUUUCACCUCACCACUCCUCCAAGAAACGGCAAAAUUUUACUGAACGGGAAUCCCGUGACCAACUUACCCAGGCAGACCUGUCUGGUCCCGGUCUAGUCUACCGUCACAACCAUUCCAAUACUAUCUCGGAUAGCUUUGAUUAUACAGUCUCGAUAACUCAGCACAGAGCAGUCAAAAGUGGUACUUUCACAAUUACAGUUAAACCCGUGGAUGAUGACCCUCCAACACUCGUUUUUCUACGUCAACCUCUGUUUGUUGUUGAGGGCAGCGAGAUUGGGAUUGUCACGGAGCAUCUACAGGUUUUCGAUUUUGAUACAAACAUGCAACUCCCUACGCAGAUAAACCGGAUUGAAUUCCAGAUCAUCGCCCAGCCGAACCACGGAGACGUCCUGCGUAGUCAGGGUGUAACCAGCAGUGGAUUCAAAAAGACGGAAGUAUUCACCCUCUACGAGGUAAUCCAUCACUCGGUCAAAUACAUAAGCCACCCUGUGGACGAACGAAGCGAGAUUGUACACUGGUCCGACUCGUUUCUUGUCAACCUCACCGACGGUAAAAACACGCAAGAGACCCCUUACAACUUUACCUUUGUGAUUCUACCAAAUAUCGUGUCGAUCAGGGCGAGGUCGUUUCAAGUUGCCGAGGGAGAAGAUGUUAUUCUUCCAGCAGGCACUAUAGAGGUUCUUCAUCCUUACCUGAACACCCAGCUCGGUUUCAUCGUCAUCAAUGAGCAACCAAGUAAUGGAACCUUUGUAAAUGUCGCAUCCGGCGAAGAGAACAUCUCUAAUUUCACUACAGCUGACCUGAAAGCUGGGCAUAUAGAGUACCACCACAAUGAUGCCGAGAAGGAGAAGGACAGAGUAAAGUUAACAUAUGAAGCCCAUCAACAUGUCUAUCCCGAAAACCAAACUCAACCGGGAAGUUUUCCCGAGGGUUUUAUGCGCACCAGUGACGUGGUGACACUGGAUAUCAACAUAAUCACCAAAAAUGACCGUGGGCCAGAAAUACGCUCAGGGAAUGAAAGCACGCUCGUGAUGUGGGCGGAGGACUGCGCCUUUCUCUCAGUGCAACAUCUCGAUGUAGUGGAUCUCGACACUCCAAACAGCAAGCUGAUUUACACUUUCAAUUUCACCUCGAUCGACGCGUACAUUUCCCACAUUAACGAAUCCAAGAGCAUUGAGGUCCACACCUUCACACAGGAAGACGUGGUGAACAGCCUCAUAAAGCUAUUCCAUCAGAGUGGCGAGACAGGGGUAAUGCAUUAUACGGUGACAGAUGGCGAUUUCUCGGCCUCUGGAAAGCUCCUCAUUGAAACACACCGACUUGAAAUUGUGGUGCUACGGAACAAUCCUUUGAUAGUCCCAUUCAUUGGAAUGGUAGCCAUAACAUCUAAUGAGCUGGAAGUGGGCACUAGUGAUGUAAAUACAAGCAUAUCACGGUGCUUUUUCAAUGAAGCGGUCGAGUAUCAGUUUGAGGCGGACUAUGGCAUCAUUGUCGUUAACGGAACGACUAAUGCCACAUCUUUCACUGAUGAUGAUGUCAAAAGGGGGCGUGUGUACUAUCAACACACAAAGCCGGAAAUUUGGGAGUCACUCGAGACAUUGAAACUGAAGGCUAAGGCAAUGCUCACCCACGUGAAAGAGUUUGAAUUGGAAAUAACGAUUGAUCUCCCGUCCGAACCCAACAGCCCACUAGCCGUGCACAAAUCUCUGGCUGUGAUAGAGGGGGGUCGUGCAUGCCUCAACGAAAGCAUCCUUGAUGCCAGAAACAUCCGCUACAAUGCUACAUACGAUACUGUCAACCACACACUCACCUCCUGGUUCGUUUUCUAUUACUCCGAAGACUCACACGGAGAAAUUUUGCUGGAGGGUAGACGGCCGCCAGGGACCCCACCGAGGGUAUCCCAAGAUCAGAUUGCUAACGGUUCAGUGUGCUACCAGAACAAUGGAGACGAGAACACCAGGGAUCUGCUGAAAUUUUCAGUCCUCAUCGAAGACAACGAUAGUGGUCUUUGGGGAUACAGGCUUAACCUCAUCCUUAACGUCUCAGUGACAUUGAUCAACGACGAGGCCCCGAUUGUAGUUAGCUCCACUCUAAUGAUGCCGGUUGUGGAAGGAUUUUCGGUGCCUGUUACAAAUGAUUCCCUUUCAUUGGUUGACGAGGACAACCCUGCCUCAGAUCUUGUCUUUACCGUCGUCGAUCUACCUCCAGGGGGACACCUGUUACUAGACGGAGAUCACAUGCUCCAAAAACAGAGCACCUUCACCCAGGUAAUGGUUAAUGAAGGAAGGUUGAGAUUUGGAGCGCAGGAUAUCGGCGAGUGGACCGCACUCCUCUCGUUCACAGAUGGAACUUUCACUAACGUUACCAAUUUUACUGUACUCAUCAAAGAGCACUUUGUCAAAGUGGUGGGGACCAAUGUGUUGAGAUAUUCUCAGAAUGAAAACGGAGCCCACCUGACAUCGAAGCAUAUUGUGACGGAAACAAAUGGACAAUCAAAUGAAACGGUCUACUUUCUCGUCGAAGCUCCCGUAAACGGAGACCUGAAGGGGCUAAGAGAGGGUCAGUUCUUCACUCAGAGUGACCUGCUGGAUGAGAAAGUGUCGUACGUCCCAACAAAUUUCAGUGCUCAUUCCGAUUCAUUCAAAAUGAAUGUGAGAAACCGUGAGGCUGAAAACAGCACCGUCGCGAUAGACGUCAGGGUGGACGUAUGGGGACAGGUGAAGCAGAAUAUCGAACUGAACUUUGAUUCCAUGGCCGAAGGCGACUUGUCCCUACCUCUCCCCAAGAAUAUCCUUCAGUUGACAGACCUGCAGUUCUUCAUUCAACGGCCUCCCGUCAUUCACGUCAUGCAGCAGCCCAAGCUGGGAUUUCUCGAGGUGAAAGUUUCCACGACUUCUCGAAAACGGCGGGCAACGUCACCCACACCCUCCGAUAAGUUCUUCUACAAUUUUCUCGACUACAACUGGGUGUACUACACGUGGAACGCCUCAAAUGUGACACUAGAGAAUCCCAGCGAAGAAGGUGUGCAUGAUUCUUUCUCUAUUCUUGUGGAGGGAUACGAAGGUAUUCAACCGGGGGAAGCAAAUAUUACCCUCUACAUUAAGAAUCCACCAGUGCCUGUAGAUUACCCACUGCCACCCACGGAUGGGCAACCGUCACCAUCAGAUUCUCCUACUGUCUACACGGCCUUUGUGGAAGACGGCAACGGCGGGUUCCCGAUCUAUGCCCUCGUUCCCAUCGUGGGAGUGUUUGUCAUUCUUCUCCUGAUCAUUUCGGUUGUGAUUGUCUUCUGCGUAACGCAGCAGGGCCGAAUUCGCAAGCGUUUGCAGCCGAAAUUAAUGCCCCGGCACCAGCCACUGACAAGGCCCCAAAUGAACAGUUUUCCUAUGCAGCCGUCGUCCAAUAUCUACAGUGUAGAGUCCUCUACAGCCACACACAGAGAGGCAAUGACAAGUUUCAAUGGAAUGACAGAGUACCGAGAGUCCCACUCCCCCAUAUCACACCACAGUCCGCUCGCUCGCUACAGUCCUCUCGUGUCGCACCCACCCAGUUCCGCCGUUUUUCCAUCAGAGAGGUACCAUCACCACCGGCACAUGAUUCCUAGACCGCGCAGCCGGCGAAGCAACGUCUCUGUGAGCUACUCCCACCGGCCCCUGUCGGAAGUCACGCUGGAAGAACUUCCGAGAAGUCACCACCACACCUUCUCGCCCGCUAUGAUGGGUGUCCCCAAUCCCCUCAGACCUACAACCAGGAGCUCGAGUGUGUACGAAGCCGGGGAAGAGGAGAGCGGGUACCUGUCCACACCAAACCCAUCUAUCGCUGCCGGCGACGAGCCAGUUCGACUAGUCCUCAGAAGACCUGCUGUAGAGGAGGUUUCACCACUCCCGCGAGAUGUCAGUGGUAAUCCCGAAGACGUCAGUGGUGAUCCCGAAGACGUCAAUGGUGAUCCCGAAGACGUAGAAGAACGUGAAGAUGAAAGUUGCGAGCAACAGCUACAAGACGAGACAGUCGGUGGAGCAGUGGAUCAUAUUCAAGAGAGGGGAGCUUCUACUACUGAUCUUGCUACUGACCACCAAGAUAACAGCAUCUCACGAUCUACUACAACACCAGUUCCUCCAGACCAGGGGGAAACUCCCGCCCAAGGUGAGGAACUUGAAUUCCCUGAUGACGAGGAGAACAUUGGACACCAUUCAAACGAUGCUCGUGCGGUCGGCACACCCCCGGCAGACCCAAAUCUUCCCCUACUUCCCGAGAGUCGACCAGUCAGUUCGGCAGCUUCUGUGACUGACGGCAGAAACAGCCACGCCCCCUCUCCUUCAGACCUUCAAACUCUCUUCAGAACCCACAACCCCAUUCUCAAACGCACCGAAUAUUGGGUAUGACCACUGCAUUAUACAUACAGAUUUAGUUUAUACAGAGUCAGCCGUUCAUUCAGAUGGUGUACUUUUCUUUGUCAUUUCUUUGUCAUUUCCUCCAUGUCGCUAAAAAGAUCUUAAUUUUUAUCAGUAUCAAUUCAAAUGGUUGAUGUUUGUAUCAAAAAAUUUAUGUAUUAUGCGAAAUCAUAACCAUUAUUAUCCCCUAGUAAGUAUGGUGACACAGUUGUGAUGCGAUAGUAAUAAAAAGACCCGUAAGACUGGAAACAGUGACUGAUGUGAGGACAUCAGGCAUGUUACCAAUCCCUGUAUAACUACCUCUUGAGGUGACUGUAAAAAAUACCAACGAAAUUGAUGCGACAUAGAAACAGUUUGUCAGGACUACAGUCUGAGUUGCGUCUGCCACAAUAUUAUAAACUGCCCCCAUCAAAAUCGACCACAGAGUUUGGAGAACGAACCAGUGAACUUUCACUGGAGAUUCACUUACUUCCCUCCAAAGGAGCCGCCGGGUGCUCCAUGAAAGGAGCAGGAGGAGUCCGAAAUAUCCACUCUGAAAGAUAUUGUGUGACCACAAUCUGUGGAGGUGAUCAUGGACCAAUGGGUACAAAGGGUCUUCGGAUGUCAGUUGGAUCUGGACGACAACUGCGCUUAGAUGCAUACCGACCCCAGCAGUCCACGUGCUAGCGAGGACUAGGAACAGCACUCUCAUUAGCCGGUGCCGCCAGCCUGGAACCACGCCAUGUUUUGUGGUUUGGGGCUUGUUCUCGCUGUCGCCAGAAGACAAUCUUUUUACACGAUCUUGUAGAUGCAAUGACCGCUCGCAGCCGCCGUCGGCAGAACAGUUGGUAAGACUCAAAAGUGAGUCGGCACACAGGACCAGUAAAGCCCCCAGAGGCAGGGACAAAAGCUCGGAGAAUGGGACGGAGAACACCGAAGGAACCCUGGCGUCUAGCAGUGGUAGGGAUAUCUGCACCAGCCACAGUACGUUGAUAGACACCAACCAGCGAAUUCCUGAUCUGAACGCCAUUAUCCGCCGCCGUUGCGCCUUCUAGUAUAUGUCAUACAUAUUAUGAUCACAAUAUAACUUGGAAACGCAUCAAUUAUGCUGGGGAAUGUUUUUCCUGGGUAGUGUGGCAAUUCUGUCCCUAACUAGCAGACUAAUUUUCCCUUGUGGGUAACUCUUCAGCUUCUGCAGUGCCUCUCUGUGUGUGAGGGACUCAAAAGAGUCGUUGUUCACUUCGAUUAUGACAUCACCGGGAAAAAUUUUGCCGCUCUUGUGAGCCACCCCCCCAGGGAAGACCUCUCUCACAAUGAUGGGCAAAUUUUCGUCUGUGCCUCCCUUGAGAUUCAUUCCGAGUCCAGUGGGCCCCUUAUGGAGCUCCACGAUUUUUAUCCCUUCAGUGGAUUUUA